AUGGCCCUUUCUAAACGUCCGGCAUACACGCGAGCUCCGGCAUCAGCUACGUCGACCGCUACAGACAGUGGUGUAGACGCUAUCACUACUGCACCAGUAAAUCCAGAAAGGCCACCAAGCAUCAAAGUGGCUUCGGCAAAGCUCGCGGAGAAGAAGGGCCCCUUCGAUACCCCGUACGAGUCACACGUCCCUUCCAGACUCUCCUCGUUCGUGGAGCUGCAGCAGGUCCAAGCAUCCAAGAACUACUUCCGAUCUCGGCGCGUCAAGAAGGGUGAAGUCUCACAGCCCUGGAACGAAACUAAAGAUUCCAAAGAGAAAUGGGUGUCUCUCAUUCCUCUAGUCGGCAUCCUUAUCGGUCUGGCACUGUCGGCAUUGCUCGUCUGGGAUGGCUUGCUCACAGUUGUGGACCAUGAAUAUUGCACAAUCCUCGACGACAGCUUCACUGACGGUCUUGAUGGUCAAAUUUGGUUGAAAGAGGCGGAAGUCGGAGGCUUCGGUAACGGACAAUUCGAGCAGACAACGUCAACAGAUGAAAACGUCUUCGUCAAAGACAGCAUGUUACACAUCAAACCAACACUUCAGGAUCCAGAGCUGAUCGAGACGAACAACGUAAUCGAUCUUCGCAAAGACGGCGUUUGCACGUCUGAUGUAUGGUCCAAUUGCCUCAUCUCGACUAACACUACAAACGGAACUAUCGUACCACCUGUCAAAUCUGGCCGUAUCAGUACCUCAAAGUCCAGAUCCAUCAAGUAUGGCCGGAUUGAAGUCACUGCCAAGCUCCCUCGAGGCGACUGGCUCUGGCCUGCCAUCUGGCUCCUCCCAAAGAACUCCGCCUACGGCGUCUGGCCACAGUCAGGCGAAAUCGAUAUUGUAGAGUCAAGAGGCAAUAACCACACCUAUCUCCAAGGUGGAAACAACAUCGUCUCCUCCGCACUUCAUUGGGGACCCAACCCAGCACACGACGCGUGGUGGCGCACCAACAACAAGCGCAGUGCUCUUCACACCACCUACUCCAGCAAGUUCCACACCUUCGGCGUUGAGUGGAGCGAGCGCUACAUCUUCACCUAUGUCGACUCCCGCCUCCUGCAGGUCAUGUACGUCGACUUCGAACCCGGGACCAGCCUCUGGGAUCGGGGCAAAUUUCCGACAUACGACAAGACCAACGGCACCGAGCUGCGGGAUCCGUGGUACCACGGCGGCAAACCCAUGCCUUCCAGACCAUUUGACCAAGACUUCUAUCUCAUCCUCAACGUCGCCGUGGGGGGCACGAAUGGCUGGUUCGAAGACGGGAAGAGCGAUAAACCCUGGGUCGACUCGAGCAAGACUCCGAGAAAGGAUUUUUGGAAUGCUCGCGAUACAUGGUAUCCGACGUGGGAAGGAGGGGGAGAGAUGGUCGUCAAGCGCGUGCGUAUGAUGCAACAAAAGGGAUAUAACGGCUGUGACCCUUGA